AUGAACGGCAUAAAGCUUGCGCCCCACCGCCUCAGGGCCGUCGCUCCUCGUCUCUCUACCCUCGCCCGCCCCUCGUUCCUCUUUUGUGUUCCCAAGUCUCUGAACUCUCUCCCGUACACCACUCCCCAAACCAACCAAAAACACAACUUCACCACCACAUCCAGCAAAAUGACUAUUCCCCAGCUUGAAGGUCUCCAGAUCGAGGUCCAGCAGGAGGGCCAGGGCAACCGUGAGACCCGCCGUGGCGACAACGUUGACGUCCACUACAAGGGUGUCCUCACCAACGGCAAGAAGUUCGAUGCCAGCUACGACCGUGGCGAGCCCCUCAACUUCACCGUUGGCCAGGGCCAGGUCAUCAAGGGCUGGGAUGAGGGUCUCCUCGGCAUGAAGAUUGGUGAGAAGCGCAAGCUCACCAUCGCCCCCCACCUUGCCUACGGCAACCGCGCUGUCGGUGGCAUCAUCCCCGCCAACUCUACCCUCAUCUUUGAGACCGAGCUCGUCGGUAUCAAGGGUGUCCAGAAGGGCGAGUAA